CCUUGUAGCAGCCAGCGAACUUUCUCGUACAAAUUCGAGAAGGAUAUUGGGCACCAUCAUCAAAUUCAGCAUGGUUUUACUACAUCUUCGAGUCAUUUUUAGGUAUUAAGUUUUUUCCUCGGUUAUUAGCGUGCUUUCUUUUGCUGUUACAUAUAACUCUAGAAUUCUGGGAACCCCAGUUAUGAAAUCUCAGAGUUACAAUGGGCAGAAGUAGUAGUGUUUUAGAAAGUGAGAUUAGAAGAGCAAAAGAGGAAGCUCAACAUUGGAUGUUGAGUUGUUUGGUUCUAAAAUACCAAAAUGCGGAGCUUAAAAAUCAGCUUGAAGUUGGUAAAGGUAAAUAUAAUGAGUUAUAUUUGGAGUCUGAGAAGAAGAAAUCGGAGUGUGGUGAAGUUAAGAAAAGGUUUGAAACCCUAAUUGUGGAUUAUAAUAGAAUGUGUGAUAAACUAAACGAACGAAUUGAACCGAGUAUGAUUACCUACAGGAGGGAAAAAAAUGUAGGUGAUCAAAGGAAUAAGUGUGUUCAACUCGACCGGGAAAUUGAAACUUUUAAGUGUGGGAAGAAAAGAGCAACCUUGUCGUUAAAUCAUGAAAUUGAAUUGGAAAAAGAAUUGGAAGACUGUAAAAUCAAGUGUCAUGGUUUGGCAGCAGAACUCAAGGGGAAGGAAAUGGAGUGUGUUGGGUUUGAGAGUACAGUGAAGAGCCUAAUGUUGAUCAAGGAUGCUCUAGAUGAGGAGAUUAAGGAAUACAGGGCCAGAUGUAUUGGAACGGAAGAGCAAAUCACGGGUUUAGUUGAAGAACGGAAGGGUAUUUUUCAAAGAGAGAAGAUGGGAUUGGAAAGAAUUGGUUACUUGGAAGAGGUGGCGAAGAACAUGAAGAGUGAUAAAACAGAAAGAACAACACUUGAGAAAUGAAGUUUCUCGUGGGUAUAUACUGAAGAAAUGUGUGAGCAAAAAAACUUGCAGGACAAUUGGUAGUAGUGUCACUCACUUAACUAAAGCUGAAAUGAUUUGUACUUCUGCUUUUCAACCUAGUAUCUAUCCUUCUCCAGUUCAAGGAAACAUAGAAGAUAUACAUGUCUCAGGUACUAUGGAGAUCAGUGACAGCGAGGAUACCAAGACAUCCUUGUAACAUUAAAGGUGCCGAAAUAGAUCAUUUAUCAACUGACUAAACCUCAAACUAUCCUAGAAGUAUCUAAAGAGGCAAUUGAUAAUUCAGUGAGAUGCAGUGCAGAAUGUGAAAGGCUUUGACAAGGAUAUCAACUGCGGAAGCUUGAAGAAGCAAUGCUCUUCUUCCAAUAUAUCAACAGUUCUAAUUGAAGGGUACUAAUGACAUUUACAACCCCUAUAAUCCCUGACGAUAUCUGGGCCCCAUUGGUCCCCAAGCCAACAGUCUGAAACAAUGGCAUUGAUGAUAUUCCUUCCUUGAUGAUAUUUGGAAUACUUGCAUCAGUAUACCAUAACUAGAGGACGUCAAGGUUGUGUAAGUUUGGAGAUCAAACUCUGAGCUUGAUGAUAUUCCUCGUCAACACUUUUUGUUCGUCGUAUUUUCUCAAGGAUUGAUCUUCCUUUUGUUCAUGAUCAUGCUCGAUCAAGCGUAGGUGUUUCAGCCUUUCAGGUAUAAUUAAAGAACCAUGAGCAUUUAAAAGCAGGAUUGCCGACUAAACCUAAAGCUAGUCUCCACUCUCCAGCCCUAAAAUGAUGCUUAAAUGCAAAGUAGGUUAUCAAGUUUGUAUGAACUAUGAAGUAUGCCAAUAGUCACGGACAGCUGGAAAAGAAUAUUCACAAUUUUAGAUAAGACAAACGGAAUAACCUCCAAGUCGUUUAUAUGCUUGGUCACUGGGAAAACAAGUGUAUGUAUAUAGGAUCAAAUUAGAUAAUAGAGAUGAUAUAAAUGUACCUCAUUACCAAGUCCAACACCAAAGCAA